UCUGUAACUAUAGCAUGUUCCGUGGCAAAGUUCUUACUAUCGUUUUCUUAUGCUCCUACAGCCGAAAUCGAUGGCUUCAGAGAGUUCAGCGGCCUUCCCUCUGAUUGGGCUGUAGUUGCUCCUAAACCCGAAGACGACUUCCGUCGCCCUCCUAAGGGCUGUUUUACUUUUUUCGUCGAUCAAAUAAUGUCGGGCUUGCGUUUCCCGAUUCAACCUGAGCUGCAAUCGUUAAGUAACCUUUUCGAUAUACCAAUAAACCAGUUCACCCCCAAUUCUAUUCGAAUAAUGGUAGCCUUCAUAGUUGUUACCCGCAUAGUUUUAGGUAAUUUUUUACCCGAGUUUUUCAUUUACUGCUACGGGUAUAGGUUUAGCAAAGACGCCCAUUGUCUGGGCCGUCGAGUAGGCGUUACUUUCCUUGACGACCUUUCUUCCAAUAUUACCGAAUGGAAAAAGAAGUAUUUCUUCAUUCGACCUGCUCCUGGCCAAUAUCCCUUUUCGAAUGAGUGGAUUACCAGUAAGACAAAGCAACGUAAGCUAAAAGAAUUGGCCUGCUUCGAGAAGAAGAAGGCUGAAGCGGCCCGCAAAUCGGUUGCUCAAGAGCUUGGAGGUGGCUCGAGUUCUGUUGCUCCAUCGGCGGCGGUCGAGACGACUGCCGCUAAGAAGUCUAAAGUUUUUCUUCCCUCCGCCUCUGUUCCUAGCAAGCCGUCGGAUUCCCACUCUCGCAAGAGGCCUCGUUACCAGCGAGAUAAGGCUCUGGCACCGGGCUCCUCGAAGCGUCAGGAGAGGAAAGAGCUAGAGGCCGCGGUCGAUGCGACUGCGCCUCUGGAUGGAGAGGGUGCGGGACAACCGUCGCCCGUGAGG